GUUCGAUAUUCGUAAUUCGUGAUUCGUGAUGAUAUGUGUGACUCACAUUCACGAUUCGUCAUUGUUAUCUUGGGGCCCAGCGAAGCUCACAGUCACGUUCUUGACAAUCCAGCUCCCAGUCCACGUACGCGUACGCGUGGAUGUGUAGAUGGAACUCAUGACUGCAUCCACACCACCACCACCAACAACGUCCACCCAGCUGCGAGCCACGCCGCCCCUCACAGAAGAUGCGCAUCGUUCGGCGAUGCGCAUACACACGAUCGACAAGCCCGCAAGUGUCCACACACCAUAUCACGCAAUGGCUACAGAUGCCAGCAGUACGCGCCUGGCAAGCUCUCCGCAGCGAGACCACGAAGAAGAGGAGGAGGUGGAGGAGGAGGAGGAGGAGGAGGAGGAGGAUUACAUGUCGCUCGCAUUCGUCUCGCAGCCAGUCACUUCGUCUGGAAACUCUGCACGCACGCAACCCCUCUCGCGCACCAAGCCCAAAGGUAGCAGUGCGGCAGCAGGCGCACGGGAACGAGAGCUGCUCGCCCGUCAAAAAGGUCUUCAUCGGUCCUUGUUCGCUGCUCGGAGCGGCGAGGAGUUGCAGCACGAGGGAGAUGAGGUGGGGAGCGCGAAGCGGGAGAGCAAGGCGGUGAGGAUGAUGAAGGGCAUGGGCUGGAGCGAGGGCAAAAGCUUGGGGGCUGCAUCGAGCGGCAGUGCGCUGGGGCAGCACAUGGCAAGAGGGGAAGCGACCGCCUCAAGGAGGAGCGCAUCUCCCCAGCCACGCGAGGCAACGACUAGAGGCACAAGCGAAGGCCAAUGCGGAGAAGCGCAGAGUCUCGAGCUUUCAGCUUCUCAUCGCGAUGCAAUGCUCGAGCCCAUCCGGCCAGACGAGCGGUGGGCGGGCGGAUCCAAAGGUGGCAUCGGAUCCCUCUCUGUGCUUCAAUCCGUAAAGCGCAUAUCUCAAGCCAUCAAGCGCGCAGCAGAGGGAAGCGACGUCCAAGGCACGUCGAGCCAGGACUUUGAAGCGAGCUUGAGGGGAUACAGGGAUAGGGUGGGCGGCAAGCAGCAAGCGCUUAGACUGGAGAAGCUGAUGGAAUCGGCCAGAAAUACGACAGAGGAGUUGGAUGGCAGGGCAAAUGUCGAGUACUCGCCCUUGUGGCUCGAUGCCCGCUGGAUUUGGAUGCCAGAUGCUGCACCGUCUGAAGCGCAAAGUGUGAUGGAGCAAGCGUUUGGGGAAGCCGAAGGCAUGAAAGGGGACCAGGGCGAUGGUUCGGACGAGCAAACGACGUGCGUCCAUCAAGCACGCCUGCGAGAGGCACAACGGUGGGCCAAGCUGGAUACACCCGCUCGCCUGCAGAUCACUCUCGAUCACCUUCGCAGAGCGCACAACUACUGCCUCUUUUGUGGUUGCGCUUACGACGACUUUGAUCAGCUGCAGAAGCUCUGUCCGGGCCUGACGGAGGAGGAUCACGACUGAGAGGCCAGGAUGGCUGAUCCAAAUUUGCGAGGCGCCGUCACGUAACUCAUAGUCAUAGUCGUGGCUCACGUGUACUGUAUUGUCACUCACAUCCCAACUCUUUGUAGGACUUGUUGCGCGCACGGGUUGAGAAAUAGGCAUUGCAAUGUCUGGAGGGAAGCUUGACGUGUGCGAGGUAUCUAUACACAUGAGACGUGG